CUUUUACUUCGCAGUUCUUGCUAGUCAGCGCUUGACGUUUCCUUCGUGUUUGAGCGUUAUUCUUACCUUGCAAGUCCUGCGGUUAAUUUUCGAGUCUUCGGCGACGAGUCUUCGGCGACAAUCACCAUACAUCUCACCCCACGUCAACACUCAGCCCUGAGGAGUACGAGUACCUGCUGGCAGCGGAUCCACAUCCCCCAACCACCCAUUGCCUCUGUCGCGUGGCAGCCCUGAUUGGCACACGUCCCCAAUUUUCGGAACUCUUAGGACUGUAAACAAUUGCCGGAAUACCCUAUGAACACGUGAAACCACCGUCCGUCAUGGCGUCCAAAUCCAACACCACGGAGGAAGACCGCCUUCCUACCAUACUCACCGGUCUGGGGUUGGAGAAUAUCCUUCCAGUCAGUAUGAAUAAACAAGACAGGUCCAAGUCGCGGACGCGGCCGCCAGGCGCAUCACCUAUGGAGCGAUCGAUAUCGUCCAUGGAAAGCAGCUUCAUGCUCGAUCAUUGGGGCUCACAAUCGCAGACACUUGAUGGAACCAGCACUCUAGACGAUCAUGCCUCAAGCCCGAAGGACGAGGAUAAGCUCACCCCGAUUACCAAUUGGGCGCACUUGUCCUACAUCAAGAACCAGCGUAACAAUCUACGUACGGAGCUCAAGGCACAUCGGAUCGCCGGCACCGAGGCGAAGCAAUCAGUGGCCUCUCUGCGCCGUAUGGCAUUCCGCAUGGCCGUCAACAUAUCUGUGAAGGAGAAGCAGAUCGCAACAAGCGCUCGCAACUUGGUCAGAAGUAGGAAAAGCCACUAUCUUGACGGGAAGGAUGCGGAGAAGAGGGUCGAAGCGUUGAAACGAUCGCUGCGCAUUGAGGAAGGCAGAAACAAGGAAAUAUUGGAGGCUUUGGAAAGGGCUUCCAUGUUGACCUUGCAGUGUAAGUACCUUGUUGCUAGUAACCCAGGCUCUGCUGAACACGAUUGUAGAUGCCAAUCCUAAGUUGCAAGCGCAACAUCGCCGUCAACCAAGUCCGUUAUCUCCUCCGCCGUCGCCGCCAACUCGCCGGGCUGACGUCCCUGAGAUUCCGCCACAUCCACCCAGAACACCACCCCGCCCGACUUCCUCCGAUUGGCACGAUACAGACUGGGAGCUCAUCCCUGAACAGAACCACGUCACCGAAAUACGCACCUCAGACAGCCGCUUGAUCAAAGCAAAGCAUGACUCUGAUCAGGCCCUCGCUGCAUGUCGCAACCGCAUCGCCUUACUGCAAGCAGAGUGUAAAAAGGG